UUUUGAAGUUUGUCAAAUAAAUUAUUACAUACAGAUACACAUGAUUCAAAAAAAAAUCUAGAUUUAUUAUUUUUGCGCCUUUUAUAAUUGACCGAAACAACCAUUCCUGAACAAUAGCAAAAUAAUGUAACUGAGACAAUUAAAGAAUUGAAAUUAAUAUGUUCUUCAGAAAUGUUUGGUCUGCGGCGGAGAUAAAUGUUCUUUGCAAGCCACUAUUCUAUAAGCAAACUUCGCAAAAUUUGGGUAAUGCUCGAUUACAAAUCCGUAGCGCGUUUCAUAAUUCAAGACGAAGUGCGCGUCGCCCAGGGCCGGAUACCAAUCCUUUAGAUAGUAUAAAUGUUGAAACGGGGCCGUUAUAUGCUAGAGCCCUCUUUAAACCAUUUCUCUUUACUAUAGGGGUAUCCUCAAUAAGUCUAGCUGGUUGUGUGAUUUGGGAGUAUGAAAACUUAAGAGCUCAUGCUACUUCUUUCCUCAGAAGGCCAGGCAGUUGGUUACAUGCCCAUCAAAAGAGAUUUACAGCACACAUGAAAUCAGAUCCUGGUCCUAUAGAAAAAUGGUGGAAAUCGCUAAAAGAAAGUGAGAAAGUAUUCUACCCUAUCCUUGCUGCAAAUGUACUAGUCUUUGGUGCUUGGCGAGUUAGAUCAUUUCAGCCAUUUAUGAUCAAAUACUUCUGUUCAAACCCGUCCAGCGUUGUAAAAUGUCUGCCUAUGGUAUUGUCUACAUUCAGUCAUUAUUCGGCUCUGCAUUUAGCAGCAAACAUGUAUGUUCUCUAUAGUUUUAUGCCAGCUGCCAUAGCUUCUCUUGGCAAAGAGCAAUUUGUUGCGAUGUAUCUAAGCGCUGGUGUUAUCAGCAGUUUUGCGAGUUUCAUCUAUAAAGUAAUUUCCAAUCAGCCCGGUCUCAGUCUCGGAGCGUCAGGUGCAAUAAUGUCAGUAUUGUCUUACGUCUGCGUACAAUACCCUGACACUAGACUCAGCAUUAUAUUCCUUCCCAUGUACACAUUUGCUGCUGGAAAUGCAAUAAAAGUUAUAAUGAGCGUUGACUUUGCUGGUGUUCUUUUUGGGUGGAAAUUCUUUGAUCAUGCCGCUCAUCUCGGCGGAGCUCUGUUUGGAAUGGCCUGGUGUUACUGGGGUUCUCAACAAAUUUGGGCGAAGAGGGAAAAGUUGCAGCAGUAUUACCACAGCCUCAGAAAAGAUUCCAGAUAAACAACUGUUAUAGAAUAUUUUAUGCCCUUAUUUUGAUAUGAACUUGUUUGAUUAUGACUAGUCUUAUAUGAAUAAAAGUUAUUCACAAAAAAUAUACAUAAAAAUUUAAAUGAAACCAAACAUUUCAAA